GCCUGUCAACGUCAAAAUUAUCAGUAAAAAAUGGCCGCCCUUAUUAAUCACUCGGUGCGAAGAUUUUUGCAAACCUCCGCCCGUAGGGCUGCGGGCCCCCGAGUGGAGGGUCCAUCGGCGGUUAGCGGGGGCCACGAAGGGGGCUUCAAGAUUUGGAAGAACAUUUCUCUGUUCCUUGCAUUGCCAGCGAUUGGGCUGUGCGCUGUUAAUUGCUAUCUGGCGCACGUGAAUGAGGGCCAUGAGAGGCCACCUUUCGUCAAGUAUGACUACCUGAGGCUGCGUUCCAAGAGGUUCCCAUGGGGCGACGGGAACCACAGCCUUUUCCAUAAUCCUCACACCAACGCACUGCCCGACGGCUACGAGGAUGAUCACCAUUAAAUGAGUUAAAUGUUCUAGUUCUGUGUAAUUUUUGAUUAAUAAAUUAAUAAACCUUGGUAGAAGUUA